GAUACCGCUUGGCUUCUCUCCCAAGACACGGUAACAAAGCACAUUUCACCUCGCCGCCGGCCCGGCCCGUCCCGUCCCUAUAAAUUCCCCUCUCUCCCCUCCUUCCCCGUCUUAUUCUACAUCCACAUUCCACACCCAUCACGCUCGCGAAGCAGGAGGGAGAGAGACCGGCGAGCGGCGGCAAUGGCGAACGCGAAUCGGUGGUGGGCGGCAGCGAAUGUGGUGUCGCAAGCCUUCGCGCAAGCUGUCGGCAUCCCGGAAGAAGUCCUCAGGUCGAUCAACCUCGCCAUCGCCAAGCUCGAGGCGCGAGCCGGGUUGCUGCGCGCGAUCCGCGACGGCGCCACCCUCGAGGAGGCGACCGCAGGCUACGUCGAGCCGGGUCCCGCCGGGGUCCUCCCCGCCGCGCUCCUCGAGGACGCCCGGCGCGGCAUCAAGCGCCGCCGCUCGCUCCACGCCUUGGCCCGCGGCCUCCCCCUCUGCGCCCAUGCACUGGGCCGGGCACCCGACGCGGAGACGAGCCAGAGAUGGGAGAGCUGCAACGUCGCCGCGCUCACCUACGCCCGCCGCGCGCAGAUGAGGCUGCGCAACGCCGCGUCCUUCUACAUAGCGGCCAUGGACGCCAUCGACUUGGCCUCGGUGCUUCCGUUCGGAGCCCCGCUCCGCGUCGCCUGGAUGGGGGCGGCCGAGCGGCUCACGAGGCUUGCCGCCAGGGAGGCCACCAUGGCGCGCGACAACAUGGUCAUGAUGGGGCUAGCCGUUGCUCAGCAGGCCUGGAUCGCCAUGGCCAUGAUGGGGCCUGCGCCAGGCGCGCUCGGCGGAGGAAUCAACAACCAAGUCCAUCACCAGUAAGCCUCUGUUUCCAUUCCUUCCUGCAUUCCUGCGCCCCGGAGAGAGAUUUUCGCAAGAGCUUCUGUACGGUGUCGGUGUGUGGGACUCGAAACUCUUGAUGAGUUGGUGUGUCAGAUGAACACGUCUCCGCUUCUUCUAGUACUAUACGUACAUUGGUUGUUAAUAGUUGUAUAGAUUAGGUGAUUUGUGCUCUAGAAUGUCUGGCGUUCACCUGAUGCAAUCCGGUCUGUCCGCCGUCAGAUUCUCCGGCUGACCAAUGCAAUGCCAACGUGAACACGUGUACUUUGAAACUGUUGCUGCU